UUUCUAUUCACAGCUUUUUUGUUUUGCCAUUCACAGCUCUUUUUCUUUUGCAUUGCUUAUUAAUUUAUUCAUAUUCAUUGUCAUAGAGAGCUAGAGAGAAUGGAACAGAGGCUUCACGAAGCAGCAAUGAAAGGCAAUGUCACAUUAUUACAUCAAAUACUCAAAGAUGAUCCACUAGUUCUCGAUAGAGUGAACUUUGGUGGGUUCGGUUGGAGUCCUUUGCAUGUAGCUGCAUUGCGCGGGCAUGCAGAAUUUGUGAGGGAAGUUCUGGGUCGAAAUCCAGAUCUUGCUGACAUUCUGGACUCUUCACAACGCUCACCCCUUCACCUAGCAUCGGUAAAGGGGCACGUUGAGGUUGUAAAAGUGUUGAUUUCGGUAGAUCCUGACAUGUGCCUUACUCGUGACAAAGAUGGUAAAAAUCCAUUACAUCUUGCAGUCAUGAAAGGCAAGGUUGAUGUGUUGAAAUUGUUAGUUCAAGCCAAUUCCCAAGCAGCUGAGGUCGUGAUGGACCGAGGUGAGACCAUCUUACAUUUAUGUAUGAUGCGCAACCAGUUACAUUGUCUGAAAGAACUUAUGAAUACCAUUAAAAAUAAAGAGUUUGUGAAUGCUAAAGAUGAAAAAGGCAACACCAUAUUACAUCUAGCUGUGGCGAAUACACAAAUCGAGGCCUUAGACUACUUGCUUACUAAUGCAAAACUAGAUGUAAAUAUAAAAAAUGCUAGCAAGUACACAGCAUUGGACAUUCUAGAACAAAUUAGAAAGGAGGUGGAAAAUUCAGAUGAUAUUAAAAAUAAACUCCGAAAAGCCGGCGCCAUGAGCGGCAAGGAUGUUGGACAGUCUGAGUGGUUGGCAAAGAAAAAGGAGACAAUAAUGUUGGUGGCAACGCUGAUUGCAACGAUAGCUUUCCAAGCUGGGAUGAGUCCUCCAGGUGGUGUUUGGCAAGACAAUUCAGACGGACACAGAGCUGGAGAAGCUGUAAUGGCUUAUAAUUAUCCAAAUUCAUACCCAUAUUUCAUUCGUGCUAGCACAGUAGGAUUUGUUGCAUCCCUAAGCACAAUCUUGUUGCUCAUAAGUGGGUUGCCAUUCAAGAGAAGGAUUUUCAUGUGGAUCCUAGUCGCGAUCAUGUGGUUGACCAUUACAUCAAUGGCAGUAACAUAUGCAAUUUCUAUUGUUGUGAUCACACCAAAAAUUGACAGAGAACCACUCAGUCAUACAAUUGCAGUUGCAAUUAUCGUGUGGUGCAGUUUAAUGGCAAUUCUAUUCUUAUUGCACACAGUUCGAUUAGUGAAAAAGAUAGUUGGCGAGGAAUGGAGCAGACAUCUAGUCACCAAGAGAAUUCAGAAUAUCAACUCGCUUGAACUAUAUCAGGGUGUCUAAAAAAAUAUUUAAGUUGGUUUAAUCGAGUCGUGCUAAUAUUUCAUCCUUAUGUUGUUUUUAACUUUAUAUUUGAUCUUUAUGUUUUAUGUUUGCAAUUCUAUUAUCUUCUUUUGGAUAUUAAAUUUAUCUUGAGAUGUAAUUUAUUAUCUUCUGAUAAUAUUAGAAGCGUGGGGUUGACUA